AUGGGGCCCCCGGGCAAUAGGGGAUCAUGGGGCUCCUGUGUCCUUGCCCAAACUCAAAAAAGCCUAUGAAAAAGGUACCAGGGGCAUCUCAUGGGGCCCCCUACUGACCCCAGGCCCUUGGGCAGUGCCCGAGGUUCCAAAUGGUCAGUCCGCCCCUGGUUCCAGUACAGGUCAGUGCAGAAAAAAAAUGCAGCAUCUACUUCUAUUUUUUCUCUACUGGAACUGACUGCACUGUUGUGAACUAUGCCAUUGGAACCCAUAUAACCUAUUAUCCAUGCAUUUUUGACGCAG